AUGGAGGUGAGCGGGCCGGAAGACGACCCUUUCCUGUCGCAGCUGCACCAGGUGCAGUGCCCCGUGUGCCAGCAAAUGAUGCCCGCCGCGCACAUCAACUCACACCUGGACCGCUGUCUGCUGCUCAACCCCGCGGGGCACGCGGAGCCUGCGGCCGGGCCGCCGGGGCCCGGGGAGCGGCCCAAGGGGCUCUCGCCUCCGCGCACCAAGAGGCGGCGGCUCUCCGAGAGCUCGGCGCUGAAGCAGCCGGCCACCCCGACGGCGGCCGAGAGCAGCGAGGGCGAGGGCGAGGAGGGUGACGACGGCGGCGAGACCGAGAGCCGGGAGAGCUACGACGCGCCGCCCACGCCCAGCGGCGCCCGCCUCAUCCCCGACUUCCCGGUGGCCCGCUCCAGCAGCCCGGCGAGGAAGGGCUCUGGGAAGAGGCCGGCCGCCGCGGCCGCCGUGGCGGGCAGCGCGUCUCCGCGGAGCUGGGACGAGGCGGAGGCGCCGGAGGAGGAAGAAGCGGUGGGCGAUGGCGAUGCGGACGCCGAAGGCGAGGACGACCCGGGCCACUGGGAAGCCGCCGCCGCCGCCGCCGCCUUCGGGGCCAGCGGCGCGGGCCGCGCGCACUCCCGGGCGCUGGCGGCCGAGGAGAUCCGGCAGAUGCUGGGGGGCAAGCCGCUGGCCGACAAGAUGCGCCCCGACACGCUGCAGGACUACAUCGGGCAGAGCAGAGCUGUGGGGCAGGAGACCCUGCUCAGGUCCCUCUUGGAGACGAAUGAAAUCCCCUCGCUCAUCCUGUGGGGGCCGCCGGGCUGCGGCAAGACCACGUUGGCUCACAUCAUAGCCAACAACAGCAAGAAACAUAGCAUAAGAUUUGUGACAUUAUCUGCAACAAAUGCCAAGACAAAUGAUGUACGAGAUGUCAUAAAACAAGCUCAAAAUGAAAAGAGCUUUUUCAAAAGGAAAACCAUACUUUUUAUCGAUGAGAUUCAUCGGUUCAAUAAAUCUCAGCAGGAUACGUUCCUUCCUCACGUGGAAUGUGGGACAAUCACUCUAAUUGGGGCGACCACAGAAAACCCUUCUUUCCAAGUCAAUGCUGCUCUUCUGAGUCGCUGUAGGGUUAUUGUUCUUGAGAAGCUUCCAGUAGAGGCAAUGGUGACUAUUUUAAUGCGAGCAAUCAACUCACUAGGCAUCCACGUCCUGGAUUCCAGCCGUCCCACAGAUCCUCUGAGCCACAGCAGCAACAGCAGUUCUGAGCCCUCCGUACUCAUAGAGGAUAAAGCGGUGGACACUUUGGCUUAUCUCAGUGAUGGGGAUGCCCGAACUGGACUGAAUGGACUACAGCUGGCGGUGCUGGCCAGGUUAAGCUCCAGGAAGAUGUUUUGUAAGAAGAGUGGGCAAGCCUGUUCUCCCAAUAGAGUUCUGAUCACAGAGAAUGAUGUGAAGGAAGGCCUCCAGAAGUCUCACAUUUUAUAUGACCGAGCAGGUGAAGAGCACUACAACUGCAUCUCUGCUCUUCAUAAGUCGAUGCGGGGCUCAGACCCGAGCGCCUCCCUCUACUGGCUGGCACGCAUGCUCGAAGGAGGAGAGGAUCCACUGUAUGUGGCAAGGAGGCUGGUGAGAUUUGCCAGUGAAGACAUAGGUCUGGCAGACCCAGCCGCAUUACCACAAGCAGUGGCUGCCUACCAGGGCUGUCACUUCAUAGGCAUGCCUGAAUGUGAGGUGCUUCUGGCCCAGUGUGUAGUGUAUUUUGCCAGAGCCCCAAAGUCUAUUGAGGUGUACAGCGCCUAUAAUAACGUCAAAGCCUGCCUGCGAAACCACCAGGGGCCUCUGCCCCCCGUCCCACUGCACCUGAGGAAUGCACCAACCCGGCUCAUGAAGGAUCUGGGCUAUGGCAAGGGCUACAAAUACAACCCCAUGUACAGCGAGCCUGUGGACCAGGAAUACCUGCCCGAAGAAUUGAGAGGAGUGGAUUUCUUCAAGCAGAGGCGAUGCUGA